AUGCCGUAUUUUGCCGCCUUGGCGGCGGUGGUCAUCUGUGCCUUCGGGCGCCCAAAGGAUGGCCCUUUCCAUAACUCAGUGCUUUUGCGAAGCGCAGCACACCUACCUCGUAGCGAUUCUCCGGACGGUGAAUGCGGUGUGCGAGUGCUGAACCUCCAUGUGGAGCCCAACUACACGAUCAGGGAUACGGAGGAUCUGAUGAGAUGGCGAGCCGAGGCGCCAACCAUUGCCCCGCAUGUUUUCUGCGAAGCGGCGGACAACGUGAGCACAGCGACGGAGCCAAUGGAGAUGGCAUCGCGCAAGGCUGAAGUCUCGCAUUUGGAGUGGGAGCACCCUAUCCUCGACCCAGUACCAACUAUGGGAGCUGUACUUCCUCCUCAUAAUGAUUCCCCGGACUGUGAAUGCGGUGUGCGGGAGCAGGACCCCCGGGGAGAGCUCACGAACACGACCAGGGACAUGAUGAACGGGAUGAAUUGGGGACCCGGGGCGAGAAUGCCCAUCCCAAUUGACUGGGACACUGCGGUGGAGUCAGAACCGGAAACAGUGGAGGUGGCCAACGUCAUGUUUUUCCAAGGAGAGGCCUCGCAAAUCCUGAGGUCGGAUUGGGACUCACUUCAGGAAAUCUUCUGGAGCUGGUUUGAAGAAGGCAGGGUGGUGGAUCUGGCAGUCCGAAUGGCUUUGGCCCAGAUACAGGCUGCUGACGACGAGGAAUUUCGAUCCUGGGGGGUCGAGGUCAUGCUUGAGUUCAGCUUUGGCAUCCCCGGGUGCACAGGCACAUCGCAGGACACCACGCCCCCGGUCUUCUUCCAAUGGGCUCAGGCGAUACACGAGUGCCUGAGAGGGAUUUACUACGGUGGCACGAGUACGACUACUACCCCGGUGACAGCACAGCAAGCUCCCAGUGAGAACGAGGACCAAUGGCUGCGAAGAGUGAGGCAGCUCUACAUUCGGCUGAGGGCCGAUGGUUUUGGCAGAGAGGCAAGAAACCGGCUGCGAGAACGGUGCCGAGCUUGUCCGGCGAAUGUGCAGUCGGCAGCCUGGGAGACCUUGGGAACCAUCUUGGACGACAUGGACGAGGAGAUGGAUGCAGCCUACGACCGAGACCUUGUUGACGUGGAGAGCUGGGUUGAACUUGUCAUUGAAGGGUGGGCUCAACGAACACCUGUGCAAGCAUCUAGCAGCGUCGGCAAUCUGCUGCCGCGCCACAUCAGAGGCCCUGGUGUCAGUGAGGAGCUUCCCUUCGGUAUUUUUCACGCCUCGCAUGUCUGGUCAAAUGGGUCUUGGUCGACGGCGGCGAAUAUGACCGCGAUGGGGUAUGAUGGCUAUGCCCCGGGAAAUGCACAACGGCCGAGAUCCUCCUCUAGGUCACCGAGAAGGGAACCUGGGGGGACCCAGGGAAAUGAUGGGGAUGGUGGAGAUGGUGGGGAUGGCGCAUCCUUGAUGACCGUCAGACCCUUUGUCUUUGCGAUGGUGGCAGCCAAGGCGGUUGACGAGGAGAUCAUCGGGAAUGGACCGCUCUGGUAUCAACACAUCCGUGCGGAAGGACUCGCACUCAUUCGCAGAGGGGCUGAUGCAGAUGAGGCAUCCCGGCACUUGGUCCAAGCUCUACAUGGACGGCAAGAUGACCGGUUCGCCCGAGACGCGUUUAAGUGGGUUAAUGGGGUGUGCCGAGCUAUGACAGAGGAAGCUGAGCUCCGAUGGGAAGUUCCACGUGAUGGGCCCCCGACACAACAGGACCUGACGACUUGGAGCCUUGAUGCGAUCGACCUUCUACGUCAUCAUUGGUUCCGUCAGGUGUGCCCGAUCGCGGUAUGGAAUCGGGAGCUCGAGCGGGACCUGACGGAAGAUGGCCAUGUGGACUGCCGCUGCCCUGCUGAGAUGUAUGCUGAUGAGGCAAGGGAACGAAGGCGACUGGACUGGUCGCGAUCUCGCACGCCACAGAGACGAUUCCCGGGGCCGCGCCGAACCGCGGAGGGCACCCAGGACACUGAUGACACGGGUCUCAUGGACACUGGAAGAAGGACCAGGCGUGGAGGGCGGGAUGACUCCAGACCAAGAGACGAUUGGCGAGGAGGCGACUGGGACGACUGGGGUGGUGACAGGGUUGACACCUCCGCCGAGGCCGACCAGCACAGGAUCAAGGCACAGGCAGUCGAUGCCUGGAGGUUCCUGUUAGGGGUGGAUGCUGAAAGUUUCGAAGAUAAUGUCGAUGUCGUUGCUGCCGGCUCCCCGCUGCUCCCCCAGCACUCCACCGAAAUGAUCACGGAGACGGUGGCCAACUACGAUGCCGCGGACCGGACCAUGCUCACCAUCGCCUUCGUCAGGUUCAUACGAAUGCUCAUGCUGGAAGUCACACAAGCCUUUGAACGUGGUGUCGAAGCGGGUGAUGCUCGCAACCGUAAUGAGGUCCUUGUUGACGUGGCGGUUGAAGAAGAAGAGGAUGCCGAGGAGGAGGCAGGCGAUGACACACACCUCAUGCAGCGGACGAUGACAGGCAUUGUCAAGGGCACGAUGCAUGCAAGUGCGCAGGAGGACCGGGAACACUGGCUAGCUCGUCUUCGAACACUACAAGACUCUCUGGCCAGCCAAUCUGCUGCCCUUCGCACGGCGAACUCCGAGGGCAUGCUCGCCAGGCUCAGCAGAGACCGUGGGGUGAGUGCCACGGCGCGCGAAGAGCUUGAGGCCCUACUGGUAGGCAUGCAGGAACCUGCAUGUGGUGACAUCAUGGCGGGUGACAUCGCUUGGCAACUGCAAUGGUGGACUCGUCUCUUUGGUGCAGCCGGGUCUGAUGCAGCAACCGGAUCCACGGACCCGAUGCCAACGACAACUGUUGAAAGUUGCGACGUGCCAGGGGACAAGGAGAUUGAACAGUUGGCGAGUGACGAAGCGGAGGCCAGGCAAGAUGCGGAACGUGAAAGGCGCUUGCGUGAGCACCAACAGAUGGAACAGGAGAAGUACGAGGAUGAAUAUGACCAGCACUACGCGAAACUCCAGGAGGACCACGUGAACCAGAGUCGCAUGACCGCUCAACAGUACAAGCAGUGGGAGGACUGGGAGUGGAACGAGGUGAUGCAGGGACCACCUCAAAAGAGGCGUCGGGCGGCCUUGCACUUUGAAAUUGGGGGAGCUUCGGAGGUAGGGGCUCCCUGGGUGUCCAGGUCGCUGAGGGUGCCCUGUGGUCGUGGAGGAGCUCUUCCUAGCCUACGCCUCGACCUACAACUUCAGUGGGAGGAUUGCCCGGACGACGUCGAGACAGUUCGUGUAUCUCCACCUGAGUUGCCUGCUGACAAACCGGAGCCAGAGACAACUGAACCUACUGUGGCUGUGGCAGCACCCACACCCCCUGGUGGACCGGAGACCCCGGCCGAAGAUGACCUGGUUGUUGAAAGGCGAGAUCCAGAAGAACCUGGUGAGGCCAAAAAUGUGCAGGACCAGGACACGCAGUUGGAUGUGGAGCUGACAGUUGCAUCUGGAGGAGGAGUACAAGGCUUGCAAGGCUUGGAGUUCAGCGAUUAUGAACGACUCUAUGAUAGGUGGCGACGGGGUACCAUCUCGGAUGCUGAGGUUGUCUCCAUAGGUGGUGGUGAUCUUCUUGAGCUCAUGGAGGCACAGAUGGCAGUGGAUGGUGAGGGAGAGGAAAACACACAACAGCUUCUGGGUGGAGGACGUACUACCACGAGUACAUCUGUCAGGAUGCAGGGACAGGGCAAUGACGUGGCGAGCACGGAAUGA